CCAUAAAUAUAACACAAUUUCAAAAUCAAAAAAUAAUUUUAACAUAUGUCAAAUUCCAACAUAAUAAAACUAAGUUCCAAUACAUCUUAAGACUAGAAAACAUAAUAACUUUAUAACCUCAUCCAACAACAAAAUUCUACUCUAAUGACAUCACUCAUUAUAUGCCAAAUUUGUUAACGACUCAAUAUUUCUAAUAUUAGGUAUAGUUUCAAAAACUAGAAUUAUAACAAAGUUACGCUAAAUGAAGAAAAUAAAACAAAUAAGAAAUAAAAUAUACGAGCAAUUACAUGUAAUCACAAGAAGUAAAGGUAGAGAAACAAAAGAUAAAUAACACACAAAGAAAAAUAUAUUUUAAAAUUUAAAAGCAAAAAUAAAAAAAUAAUGGAAAUAAUAAAAAGUUAUAAAGAAAAUAAAUUAAAAUAAAAACAAAAAGGAAAGAAACUAAAAAAUAAUCUUGUAAUUACACAGUGUAAUUAAGACCAAUUCUCAUCUCCCCUUGAGAAUUGUAGAGUGUAAUUACACCUCUUCAAUUACACCCAAUUUCAUGCUGACCAAGUAAUUACUUGGCCAGACAAACACGCCAUAGUGAUUCCUUGAGCCUAACUAUGUAUUUCCAAUACCUUAGAAAACUGGUCGCAGCUUGCAGGGGAGCUUUCGUGCAACAUAAAAAGCUACCACUAGUUAUCAGGAAGUCACAGGUUCAAACCGUGAAAACAAUCUUUUGAAAAAAAUACAAGGUAAUACACAAUAGACUCAAUAUGGUCUGACUCUUUUCCAAACAACGCACAUAGUGAGAGCUUUUGCACCAAGCUACCCAUUUUUUUAAUUCUAUUUUAAGAUGGAUCAUAGACUAUAGAAUUGGUUUGUAACCAUAUAUUGGGAUGACCAGUCAAACCAAUGCCAACACAUCCCUCAUCUCAAAGGUCUGACAUUUAUUUUAAUAUUUUUGGUGGAGUUUUGUCAACACAAUCUCAGUUCAAACAAGAACUAAAUACAUCUCCUAAAUAUAUGCAAUUGUCAACAAAUUCAGCUAUGGCCCUCUUUUACCUCAAUAGUUUCAAGAAAUUCAGUCUCUAUCAAGUCCAAUGAGUGCACAAAGUCAACUUUCACCUUUGCUCAAUUAGGAACCGCAGCUCUUUCCUUUUCUAUUUAAACAAACUUCCUAACAUAACUGUUAUCCAUAGCUCAAAUAUUCACAUUCCUAUCUUUGCUACAUUCUGUAAAAUUCAUCAAAAUGGCAAUUCUUGACAUCUCUAAGAGAGAAGCAUCGUCACCAUCGACGCCAAGGCGAGCCAAGAAAAGCCUCUUCUCUUUCACCAAAACAAAUUCAUCCCUUUCUACAUUUUCCAGUCAUUUACCUCCUCCAACACCUUCACACACACUCUCCCAAUCAAUCAUGGAGGAAAACAUCGAUAACGCUGAGACCAUUAUCAAAAGAUGGGAUCCCAAAGAAUCCUCCUUUGAGAAAUUCUGUUCACUUUUUCAAGAAGACAGAAAAGAAGCCAAAGAAUUCAUUCAAUGUGUCAAAGACUUAAAAAGAGCUAUGCACUUUCUUGUUAUGGAGCAUUCAACUUCUAACAAGCUUGUGCUAGCACAUAACUUGAUGCAAACAGCCAUGAAAAGACUUGAGAAAGAAUUCUAUCAAAUUUUGUCAACAAACAAGGAGCAUUUAGAUCCAGAAUCAGUAUCUAAGUCUAGUCAAUCCUCACACUUAUCACAAUCAAUUGCAGUUGAUUCACAAGAAGAUGAAACUGGCUCUGAAAAUGAGAUUCAGGCAGUUGUUGAAUCCAUAUCCGAGGUUGAACGGCUUUCUGUACUAGCUAUGUCUGAUCUCAACCUGAUUGCAGAUUGUAUGGUUGGUUCUGGUUAUGCAAAAGAGUGUGUGAAGAUCUACAAAAUUAUAAGAAAGUCAAUCGUGGACGGAGGCCUCUAUCGUCUUGGGAUUGAAUCACGUAGCUCGGCUUAUAUUAACGGGAAGAAUUCAGAUGCUCUUGAGCAUCAAGUCAAGCACUGGAUAAAUGCAGUGGAAGUUGCAGUGAAAACAUUCUUCUAUGGAGAGAGGUUUCUGUGUGAUCAUGUGUUCUCAGCCUCCAACACAAUCAGAGAAACAUGUUUCACUGAUAUAGCAAAAGAAGGUGGAAUCAAUCUGUUUAGAUUUCCAGAGGUUAUUGCAAAAUCCAAGAAAUCACCUGAAAAUAUUUUCUUUUUAAUGGACUUGCAUGAAAAAAUCUCAGAACUCUUGCCUGAGAUUGAAUCAAUCUUUUCGUAUGAAUCAAUCUCAGCAGUCAAAGUGCAAGCCCUAUCCACCCUUCACAAACUUAAGGCCUCAAUCCAAACAACUCUCUCUGAUUUUGAGUCGUCGAUCCAGAAGAAUUCCUUAAGAACACCAAUUCCUGGUGGUGGGAUUCAUCCAUUGACCAAUUCUGUUUUAGAUUAUGUAUGUUCACUGGCCAACUACAGCGGAGUCCUCUCUGAUAUAAUUUGUGACUCUGCCCCCGCAGCACAAUCGCCAUUUCCUGAAUCUUACUUCGACAGUCCAUCAGCCAACGAGACGCCAACUUCAGCAGUAUCUGCUAGACUUGCUUGGAUCAUCCUUGUCCUCCUUUGCAAGCUCGACAGCAAAGCUAAGCUUUAUAAUGACAUCGCUUUAUCCUAUCUUUUCCUAGCUAACAAUCUCCAAUUCGUUAUCGAGAAGGUUCGUACAAGUGUACUCAAGUGUCUUCUAGGAGAUGAUUGGAUAUCAAAGCUUGAGAGAAAGGUAAAACUAUAUGCAACAAACUACGAAAAUGUGGCUUGGAAUAAGGUGUUUUUGUGCCUGCCUGAAAGUUUGGAUCCAUCAGUUUCCCCUGAUAUAAUAAAGGAACAUUUCAGAAAAUUCAACACAGCUUUUGACGAAUCAUACCAGAAACAAAAAUCUUGGGUGGUUCCAGAUGGAAAGCUACGAGACGAGAUCAAAGUGUCAAUAGCAAGAAAACUAGUACCUGCUUAUCGAGAUUUCUAUGAUUACUAUAUGAUAGUAUUGAGUGGGGAAAAGAAUUUGGAGGUCUUAGUAAGAUUUUCUCCUGAUAAUAUAGGGAAUUACUUGUCAGAUUUGUUUCAUGAAACUGUGCCGUUAGGGAGUUUAUUGUCAGCAUCAACAUUGCCAAACUCCUGUGUUUGGCAAUGUCUUUCUUAAUUUGCUCAUGGUCAUUGCCAAGAUCUGGACAUAACCAUUUUGGUGAAUAAUGUAUACUAAGUACUACAAUUUCUUGAUUUCAAUACAAAAUUUCUCUCCCUGGAAAAGCUACCAAUGUUGCUCCCCGCUCCCCCCCACCCCACCCCAAAACAAAACAAACGCACACACGUAGAGAGUAGAACAAUCCUUCAACUAUAAGUAGUAGCGCCUGCUAUGCAGAUUAUGCAAUAUUAAUCAGACUGCUAAAUAAUGAUAAAAGCAUGGAAUAUCACCAAACAAUUUCUUAAGGGAUACUAUUUGCUUUACCACCCAAGUCCAUAUGGUUACUUUGCAUUCAGACUAUAUAAACUGCCCAAGUUGCUAUUUUGCCAAAUGAACCUUUCUGGUGAAAAUUUCACUGGAUAUUUAUCAGAUUUCAAAGGAAGCUUGGCUAAAAAGGGUAUUGGAUAAAGGCUGGAAAUUAGAGAAUGAAGUUGAAUGUUAUUUAGCAUUCCUAAAAUGUCACUUGGCAUAAGUACCAGAAGUACUUGUUAGAUACUGGUUAUUGAAACUUAACAAUUUUUUGAGACCAAAAAACGGAAGCAGAGUCAUGCGACCUAUUAGGAAGAUUGUAACAAGCACAUAAACCUAAUUCUGUGUAAUUUAAGUUUUGAAAUAACAAAUUACUACAAGAUAAAGUGUGGAAGGGGUGUGAAUGAAAUGUCAUCCAGAUGUAAUAGAAGAGCGCAUAUCAUUAAACUUAAACCUUUAUACCCGAAUUGAAAUAUGCAUCUUCAAAUGCACUUAUCAGGAUAUAAGCUCUAUGACAUCCAAGUUGGAUUGAAAUGUCACCAGUUUGACUUUCAUUAUGUAUGUUUGACUUUGAUAUGAAGAAUAAUAUACACUACAGAUAGAAGAUAUUAAAACUUGUUAGCAGGUGUCAUAUGACAAGCAAACUCUUCUCCUGACUGAGGAAUAUAUUGGCAUUUGCCAACAUGUUCAAAUGCAGAGAACACGUAAAUUAGAGUUUUACUCAAACAGAAAUCACAUUCUUCACCAACACCUAUUUGUUUUAGUUAACAACGGUGUUUGGGACAGUUUACGUGCCUCGACUAUUUCACCAAGGACAUGAUACCUCCCACCCAGGGGCGGUUCUAAGGCUUUAGGGUGAGGCCAUUGCCUUAGGCCCCCAAAUUUUGAAGGCCCCCAAAUUUAUUUUAAAUUCUUAUUAUUAUUGUUACUAU